CGAACUUACUCAUUCACCAUUUCUCUCCAGACCUCAUCUUAUUUACACAUUUGUUCCCAAGCACAUACACAAACCUUGAACUAAAUACUUACAUUUUUACAAAAAAAUAAUAUAAUUUAACAUCUGUUUCACCCAGUUUAUCGCCAUGAGUUCGACCAUCUUGCAAGACAUGUGUGCCAUUUACUCGCCAACCUUACACUUAACUAUUGCUCAAACCAUGUACUACAAUAAGUUGGCGGUAGCCCUUAUCAUAACAGCAAUCUCUAUUCCUCCAUUGGUGCGACUCACUGACACUUUUAUGAAUUACGCGAACGCUCGGAAUGGAGUAUUGAUUCCGCUGGGUGAAAAUAAUAACGCUGGAGAUCAGAAUACUUACAUUGUUAAGAGUGGAGUACAUUUGUUAGUGUCAUAUGCAUUAUUUUUUGGUUUAAUGGGUCUCGUCAUGCAUGUUUGGAUUGAGUUUGAUGAGUGCUGGCGAGCUGAACUGGGCGAAGUUAAAGAAAACCAAUCUUGGAGCUUCACGAAGGAACUUCCCGUCUCGAUCCAUUCUGUCAUUCUCCUUUUGAACAUGACCACAAUAACGGAAUGGAAAAUUCUUCCAAAUAAUGCUAGCAUGACACCACAACACGAAUUUCUAAACUCAUUUCUACAAUCGACGGACACAAAUCUUGAAAUAUUUGAAAAUUUCGCAUUCGUUUCUGACCCUCCCGUUCCCCUAUCCUGUACAAAAUUCGACAGCUGGACACAAUUCAGUAAUGAAGCGGCCGGAAUGACAAUAUGCAAGCGAAGUGAUACAAUGGAAAGUGCAGAAAUGGAUGCCUAUGUGAACAAAGUGAUGUCAAUAGUGUUCGGCCCAACGCCUUUGGAUAAUUGGACACAAUUGAUCAAUGGAGCCACCUUGAGUCAAGAAUUCAGCACGUUGGACCAACUUUUCUACAAGUACGCCAUACCAUGUUUCCUAAUACUGGGAUCCAUCGAGUUAAUAUUGUAUCGCCAUUUAAAAAAGAUGGAAACCGAAGUGGUUUAUGUUAUCCUGGAACUGCGCAUGCGCCUUGAGGAUGACGAACCCCUAAGUGAGGAUACCCACCGAUUCGUACAGCAUCACGAGCGCUGUAUUCAAAUUCACAAGAGUAAUUGGAUACAGGGCGUGACACUAUUGGUCUGCCUGGGAAUACUUAUACUACAGCUGGCCGAAAUUUAUAGGGUGCUGUGGGAAAAUGAGGCCAUUGAAGGGAGCGAGAACGACGAUUUACCGUACGAGCACGGUCAGAGAUUCAGAGACGAAUUUUAUGUCCCUCUUGAUCCCGUGACAUUUCUUCGAUUUAGAACGAUAACAACUUUUAAUUGGACACUUCCUCCGGCAGGUCAAGAAGCCCAUUAUCUUGAGCAAACUGAAGAGUCGGCCAAGGUAGCAAGUUUUCUGGAGUUGCGCCUUGACCCAGCGCUUUUUGAGGAGUAAUGUGAUAAAUUUUGAACGUGAACAGGACAAAACAGUUGUACGUACUACGUAAUCUCACUAAAAGAUUGGUUUAACUAAGGAACCCAAAAUUUCGAUUUUCGUCAUUUUGUUAACAGUGUUUCGACUUUCUUUAAGUGGUAGUUGUGGAAUUAUAAUAUCCUAAUAUAAUUUAUCUUAUCACGACAUUAUAAUAGAUCUUAACGUUUUGUUACUGCGUUUUAAUAAAGUUAUAUGAUAAAUUUUUUUA